AUGUCUGAUAAAAACAGUUUGUCAAAAAUCCUAUCUGUUAAAUUAAAUGAUGUAACAAAAAGUGAAGGUGCAUCUUUAACAUUUGAUGCUACUAGUCACAAAAAUAAAGUUAUUACUGCUAAUGAAUGGUCUGCUUUUAUUGAAAAGUUUUAUAAUUUACAAGUAGAAUCAAAAUCAGGAUUUAAAAAUUUGAUUAAAUAUUUGGAUGAUGAAAAAAAAAGCAACAAAAAUAUUGGUAAACCAACAGGUGAAAGCAUAAAUUUCUUAUACUUAAAAAACGCAAUUAAAUAUUACAAUGAAAAAAAAUACGAAUCAGCUUACGGCCUAUUUAGACAUCUUACUUGUAAAGAAUCAAAAAAAGAUACUGGAAAGGAGGCAACUCAAAUCUAUGAUAUUUCCAUGUAUUAUAUUGCACUUUGCAAGUUAAAUGGGAAUGGCACUGAUAAAGAUGAGAAAUAUACUUUAUCUGUCGCCAAAUUUCUUGAAAACUAUAAGAAAAAUAGUGAAGCAUUAAAGGUUUACAAUUUAUUAUGUUCUGAAGCUAAGGAU